CAACUUUACCCUUUAACGCUUAAUCACAAUCCCACGAAGGUUACUCUCCUCUCUCUCUUCAAUUUGAAAUUGCAACUUCUUGAUCUUUUUGAGAAACGCGUUUUCAUGCUUCGUAAUUGAAUUAUUCAAAGUUGGUCAAUCCCCAAAACAAAAGAUAUUGACGGAUUUCCCCCCAAAAUUAGGGUUUUGUUUGUUGAUCAAAAUUUUUAGGUUUUGCAUUAUUAAUUUUGGCGCCGGAAAAGUAUAAGAGAGGAUGUGGGCAGCUUCGUGUUUAGCAUCAUGCUGCGCUGCGUGCGCAUGUGAUGCUUGUAGAACUGUGGUAUCCAGUAUCAGCCGUCGGUCGGCUCGGAUUGCGUACUGCGGUCUCUUUGCGUUGUCAUUGAUUGUUGCCUGGAUUCUUCGUGAGGUUGCGGCUCCACUUAUGGAGAAGAUCCCUUGGAUCAAUUAUUUUCAACAAACACCCGACAAGGAAUGGUUCCAAACAGAUGCCGUGCUGCGAGUUAGUUUGGGAAAUUUUCUAUUUUUCACCAUUUUAGCUGUUUUCAUGAUUGGUGUGAAGAACCAAAAGGAUCCUCGUGAUAGCUUGCAUCAUGGUGGAUGGAUGAUGAAAGUAAUAUGUUGGUGUCUUCUUGUAAUCUUGAUGUUUUUCCUUCCAAAUGGAAUUAUCAGCCUCUAUGAGGCAACCUCGAAGUUUGGUGCCGGAUUGUUUCUCUUUGUUCAAGUUGUGCUGUUGCUUGAUUUUGUUCAUGGGUGGAAUGACAAAUGGGUUGGAUACAAUGAGCAGUUCUGGUACACUGCUCUGUUUGUCGUUUCACUCAUUUGUUAUUUGGCAACCUUGUCCUUCUCGGCUGUUCUGUUCCAUUGGUUUACUCCGUCUGGACAAGAUUGUGGGCUCAACACCUUUUUCAUCGUGACAACCCUUAUAUUCGCAUUUUUAUUUGCAAUAGUGGCUCUACACCCAUCGGUCAAUGGUAGCAUUUUGCCAGCGUCAGUGAUAUCACUUUAUUGUAUGUACCUCUGUUAUAAUGGACUUGCUAGUGAGCCCCGGGAUUAUCAAUGUAAUGGCCUUCAUAAGCAUUCUCAAGCUGUUUCAACAACUUCACUUACCAUUGGGCUAAUUACUACCGUGCUUUCUGUUGUCUACUCUGCUGUUCGUGCUGGUUCUUCUACAACUCUUCUCUCCGCUCCUAGUUCACCCCGUGCAGGUGGUGGAAGGCCCUUACUUCCUCUGGACAAAGCUGCUGAGGAAGAAGAAAAGGAAAUGGCUAAACCAGUCACAUACUCGUACUCUUUCUUCCAUAUCAUAUUUUCACUGGCUAGCAUGUAUUCAGCCAUGCUUCUGACUGGGUGGACAACAUCAGUGGGGGAAAGUGGUAAGUUGAUAGAUGUGGGCUGGUCGUCUGUUUGGGUCCGCAUGGUCACUGGAUGGGCAACUGCUGCUUUGUACAUAUGGUCCUUGGUUGCACCAGUUCUGUUCCCUGAUCGAGAGUUCUAAUUUUUGGCAACUUGUAUGAUGUUAUCUGAGAAGGCACGUUUCUAGUCGUUUUUACAGUCUUAUCGUUGAUGUUUUUCUUACAGGUUUGCGAAGAGUGUUAAAUUUGGUUGGCAUGUACUGUAAAAUUGUAUAUCACUUUAUUGGUACACAUCAAGUACCCUUGUAAAUAAGAAUGCAAAAACUUGCAAUUUGCUGACUUCAAA